ACGGAGGUAGAAUCGGUGACCUUCGGAAGUACCGAUACGCAAAGCCGUAUGCAACCGACUAAUUUUUUGUGUCAAGAAGUUAAUUUGCAAGCAUGAUGGCUUUAAGAUCGUCAAAUUUGUCGUCAUGCGUGAAAUGUUUAUGUCAAAUCGUCAGAGCAAGCGGAAUUCAUCAAAGGAUAAGACCAUGUGCAUUAUACUCCACAACCACAGAUCAUAUUGAUAUGGAUUUGGGAUGGGAGAGCUCAGACUUGGUGCACAAAGAUACUGAUGGAAGACUUGUUAAACCCAAACUACCUCUCAUCACAUCGAGAAAGAUUGAAUUCCCCAACAGAUAUUUGCCUCCCAAACAGGCAUGGGUUGAGACGCUGUCCACUCUUGAGGAUCAGAAGUAUGGAAUGGUAGAUUUACACCCAGAAAUAUUUGGGACUUACCCUAGACUAGAUGUCCUCCAACAGAAUGUAAAAUGGCAGAGAUUAUAUAGAUUCAUUGAUUAUGCACAUACCAAAACAAGAGCAGAAGUGAGAGGUGGUAGCUAUAAGCCAUGGAAACAGAAACGUACUGGAAAAGCAAGGCAUGGCAGUACACGCUCUCCGAUUUGGAAAGGGGGUGGAAUAAUAAAUGGUCCCAGGGGUCCUAAAAGCCAUUUCUACAUGCUGCCAGCCAGCUACAGAGCUUUGGGCCUUCGAGUGGCUCUCUCUGUUAAGUAUGCUCAGGAUGAUCUCCACAUUGUUGACUCCUUGGAAAUACCAGAUGAUGACCCAGAGUAUCUCAAGGAUUUAAUGGACACAAGAUUCUGGGGGUUUUCCUGUCUUUUUGUGGAUGACACUGAUAUCAUGCCAGAAAACAUCUCGCUCGCUUUAGAUAAGAUACCCGAGUUCAACUUAAUGCCAGUUUAUGGUUUGAAUGUAUUCAGUAUGUUGAAACACGAAACUCUGGUUUUGACGCUAGCAGCUGUUGAAAAAAUUGAAAAGAAACUUUUAUAUCAAAUGCACAAGACUGCACCACCAAAGAAAUACAGUUUUUCAACGCGUUACCAAGAAUGGUGAAAAGUUGUGGACAUGUUGUGUGAUAUAAGACUGUAGUGAAUGGAUCGAAUAUUAAAAACCUAAAAACUACCA